CGUGCAGCAAAAAUUGUUGCACAUUAGUAAUUGCUGCAUUUUAACAAAAUAAACAAUAUUUUACCGUGUGUGUGUGUGUUUGUAUAUAUUUAAUUACAUUUAAUACUCUAUUGCAAUAUUCCUAAGCAACCUGCUUGCUGUAGACACAGAAUAUUCCCACAUAUAUAAUCAUAAAUUGCGUUAUAAUUGCAUGCAGUGGUUCUUGAUAAUACUUGCAAACAAUUUUACAUAAAGUAAAAAACUGGUUGCAGCAAAAAAUAUGAAUCAAAAACCGGAUUAAUUACAAAUUAGUGAAAGGAAUUUGGCAAGUGGCCAGUGGUAGCAGUGGCGGCGCAUUUUGGGGCCAAAUUAGCGUUUGCAUGCAAGCAAAGUAAAAACACAUAAACAACUGAUAGCAGCAGCUAACUAGUAAGUUAAACAUUUUGGCGAAAAAAUGCAAAGCAAAUACAUACAUAUUGCAACCACCGCCCCAUUCGCACAGGCCAACCAACACGCAAGGCGUUAAACUUGGUCAUAAAACCCAACCGCUGGUGGCUGGUGGCCGCUGACUGACGAAAAACGCUGGCGUUUAUGGUUAUGAUUGCUAGUGUAUGUUGAACGCCGCAGCGGAUUGAGCAACGCUCACUCACUCACUUGCCUAGUGGACGGAAUGACUUAAUGAGCAGCACAACGUGCAGUGACCAUCGGAUAAAACAAAUGGAAAAAAGUGUGAAGCAAAUAAACGCAAAUGAAGCGUUGCGGUCUAAUUUGCAAGAGUGUAAAAGUGAAAUUUCAAAGACUUUUUUGUGGCUGCAAUGCCGCACGCUUCGGUGACUAAUUUGCGAAAUAUUAUUAUACUCCGUUUUAACUGCUUUUUAUACAAACAUAUGCAUGCACAGUUGAUUUAUUUGUUGUUUUUGCGUGGCAUUUGGUUAACGCUUUUCAUGCUCAAGUGUAACAUGCCAUAUACCAUAAAUUUGUGUUGCAACACAUUAUGGCGAGAAAAAUAGUUUCCAACAGGCGGCAUGCAAGGGAAGAAAGAAAAUCGCCUUUGCAAUGACAUGAUGGAACCAAUGACCGCAUUGGUUUUGGCCUUCCAGCUGUUGGCUCUCUUCUCCAUCGCAGGCGCACUGCUCAUCUACCUGAUCUGCAAGGUGCGCGACGAUGUCGCCGAGGUAGCCGAAGCGCAACCGGGCACUGUGCUAAUCACCAGCGCCGACACCGCGCUUGGACUUCAACUAUGCACACAUCUCGCCAACAAGGGUUGUCGCGUUUUUGCGGGCAUGCGCGACGCCCAAGACUCACUGCCCGCCAAGCUGCUCAACGGUUGGCUGAAAAUGCGCGAAUACAGCGAGGAGCCAGUGCGUGGCGCCGUCAUACCCAUGCAAUUGGAUGUGACACGCGAGGAUGUGCUGCGUGAAACGACCAACGCUAUGGGCGCGCACAUGAAUGCGGGCGAGCGCGGCAUUGCGGCGGUGAUCAAUACGAGCGGCAGCCUCUUUCGCGGACGUGUCGAAGUGCAGGAGGGCCAGCAGUGGGAGCAUAUGCUAAGGACGAAUAUAUUGGGCUCGCUGCGGGUGGCUAAGGCGUUUGUGAGCUUCUUGCGGCCGACCAGGGGACGACUUAUCUACCUGGGCGCUGGCGCUGGCACACACCAAGCUGGGACGUCAGUACAGGACAGCGAUGGGGGCUUGGUGGCAUUCAACGCGACGCGCGCGGCAGUGGAGAAGUGUGUGAUGGAGCUGCGCAAGGAGCUGCAACCGUGGGGCGUGAAAGUGGUGGCGCUCGACACGAGCGGUAUUACUGCGGAGGCGCUGUAUAGAGCGCCAGUGCCGCACACCGCUGCUGAAAGUGAGGGCGCACCGACACAGUACUCGGCGAAUGUGCUCAGCGCAAGUGCUUUGCAGGUGAUUGAGCGCGCUUUGUGGGAUGCGGUGCCGCUGGAACGCUACCAACUGGUGCAGUAUAGUAAAUUGAAUUUCAUGUUGCCAUGUCGUUCAUCAUUGCGGAUGACUAGAUUGAGUGAGGGCGUCAAGCGCGGCGUGCAGCGCGUAUGAGGGACGAGAAACGAGUAUGGGAUGCAGGCAAGGAGCUGCAGUGUGCCUGAGAAGAUAUGGAUUACAAAAUUUGGGGACACUCCAAAAAUUUGUUUCGAACAAAUGUACAUGUUUAAUAAUUUUUCGGUUU